GAAGGUUUCAGUCUCAUUCAUUGAACACACACAGCUUGUCCUCAGUGACUGAGAGGAACUCCCACUUAAUGCCAUGAGAGACUCCAGGAGAGAUAAAACACGACUCAGUAGAUAAAAGCUUUAUUGGACGUUCGUAUGCAGAAAAGAGGGCUGUUUUAAGGGAAAGGACUCCCCACUGUAAGCAAUAUCCCCACGCCUCCCACACUGCUUCCUCUCUACUGAUUGUCUUGUUUCCACACACUCAUCUGAGCGCACUUCAGGCACGGGACAGCAUGACUAGCGGAUACAAGGACGAGGCACCUGAAGAGGACUACGCUCACUCACCGUUCAUCAGGAAACAGGGGAACAUUUAUAAACCAAAUAAUAAAGAAAUGGAUAAGGACAGCAUCAAUGAAAAGACCCUUCAGGAUGUCCACACCAAGGAGAUUGACCUGGUCAACCGGGACCCAAAGCAUUUAAAUGACGAUGUGGUGAAGGUGGACUUUGAGGACGUGAUCGCUGAGCCUGCUGGUACCUACAGCUUCGACGGCGUGUGGAAGGCGAGCUUCACCACCUUCACAGUAACCAAGUACUGGUGCUACAGGCUGCUGACGGCCCUGGUAGGCAUCCCGCUCGCCCUGGUAUGGGGCAUCUUCUUCGCCAUCCUCUCCUUCAUCCACAUCUGGGCGGUGGUGCCUUGCGUGAAGAGCUACCUAAUUGAGAUCCACUGUGUCAGUCGAGUCUACUCCAUCUGUGUGCACACCUUCUGCGACCCGCUGUUCGAAGCCAUCGGAAAGUGCUUCAGCAGCGUCCGGGUCACCACUACCAAGGUGGUGUAGGGACAGGGAGAAGGAAAAGAGCCAGAGGGCUGGGGUGGGGUGGGUUGGUGUGUGGCAGGGGAAUGGAAACCAAUGUCCGAUGCAGGAAGAUAAAACAAAUGUAACCUCUCUAAAAAAAGAGGGCAGAAAAGUGAACAGAGAUGGAGGGUUGCACUGUAUUUAGGUGGCCCUUUGAUAAGACUCUCCUCUCUGUCUCUGAUCUGUCCGUGAGCUUUGUCUCCUCUCAGCUUUGGAUUCUUGGGGUAUAGGGGACGUGUGUUAAAAAUGCAAAUUUUUUGUAAUUUGUUAGCAUUUAUCAACGUAGGAAUACCGUUUCAGCCUGACUUUUAAAGUAGUUAAUGCAAAAAUGAAAAUUCUGUAAUUUACUUACCCUCAUGUCGUUCCAUGUUCAAAACCACCAUAAAAGUGAUCCAUGUGACUUUUUUUUUUCAAGUCUACCAUAGUCAUGUGAUAUAUGAUAUGAGAUAUGAAAUAUAGAGGGGUGAGUCAUAUUGACCACUUUUAUGGUACUUUAAUAGUGGGGUUUUUUUGUGUGUGUGUGUUUUUUGUACUUUUUGGAGCUUGACAGUG